CGAGGAAGAAGAAGACACGUAAACUACAUGUCCCAUCGAACAACGGAACACAGCCUGGCAUACCCUGCUCUGAGAUUGUAGGAAAUGUAAGAAUGCAGAGAUGAUGUUACAAACGGCGUUGUAAGGAUUUCUGAGCCAGGUUACAGAACCUAAGGAACCGUGGGACGUAUUAUAGAGGUUUCCUGGUUCCUCAUUUAUUCUUACUGUUUGGAGGAAACACAAAACAGUUCUAAAGAUGUCCAGGGCUAAGGGUGAUGAGGAAGAGUAUUGGAACAGCUCCAAGUUCAAGGCUUUUACAUUCGAUGAUGACGAUGAUGAUGAACUUUGUCAGCUGAAGGAGUCAAAGAGAACAGUGAACAAUCUGAAAGCAAUUGUGGAUGAGGAGGAUGACGACCUAGACAAGUACAGCUGGAGUGGCGAACCUGUGGGAAGUAUAUCUUGGUCUAUCAGAGAGACUGCUUCAAGCAACCGUACAGAGACUCGAGAUCUUGCUCCACAAAAAUCCAAACCUGAGACCACCUCCUAUUCCCUCUCUAAACCUGGCUCCUCCUACUCACUUACCAGUUUAUUUAAAGGGAGAUCCAGACUUGGCAGCUUUCAAUCACUUUCUGAUGCUCUUUUAGACUCGAACAUCAAAAGUUUUGCACCAGAGCUUCGUAAACCAAAAUCUGAAUAUCAGGACUACAGUGGAGACUGGAGUAUUGAAGAAACCGUACGGCGCAUGCAGAGGGGGAAGGUGUGUCCCCUUGAGAGGUUCCGCUCAUUAAAGGAGAAGCUGUGGCUCCUCGAUGAAGCAGUCAGACUACACGAUGGCAACGUGAUCACAGCAGUUUUAAUAUUUUUAAGAAGGACAUUAAAUUCAGAGGUCUUAUUUCGGGAGCUGGUGGUCAGACAAGUAGCUCUGAGACAUUUCAUUCACUUUCUGAAAGAGACAUCAGAUCAGCAGCUGCUCCAGGAUCUCUUAAGGUUCUUGGACCGUGCUGAGGAGCUGGCUCUCUGCAAAUACCGUGAACAUCUGAACAUUAUGAGCGCUGAUGAGCGAAGAGAUUUUCUGAAAAACAAAUGUAUCAACCUACCUUUCUCUCCAGAGGACUCGUCUCACGUGCAGGAUCACUACACCUUACUGGAGAGACAGAUUAUCAUUGAGGCCAAUGACCGACAUCUGGAAGCUGCUGGACAGGAGCAGUUCCGCAAGCAUCCCAGGAAAGCAUCUCUGCUCUUCAUGCCUCUUGUUACAACCCUGUUCUAUGCCUGUAUUUACCACUAUACAGAAGGGGAGGGAACCUUCAGCAGCCCAUCUAACCUCCGGAAAACAUUCAAGAUUCCAGAGAAGUUGUAUGUACUUACAGCGCUGGCAGCUCGAGCAAAGCUCCGUGCGUGGCAUGAUGUGGACGCCCUAUUCACUACAAAGAACUGGUUGGGAUACACCAAAAAGAGAGCACCGGUUGGCUUUCAUCGUGUGGUGGAGAUUCUACAUAAGAAUGGAGCCCCCAUACAGGUGUUACAGGAAUACGUCCGGUUGGUAGAAGACACAGAAACCAGAAUAAAUCUAGGAACUAAGUACAAGUGUCACGAUGUGGUGAUCGAUACGUACAAAGACCUGAAAGAUAGACAUCAGUUAAUGGUUUAUCGCUGUAAAGUGGAAAGAGGAUCCCCUGAGGAGGAAAAGAUUGACUAUAUACUCAGUAAUACGCAAAUUAGGUGGAAAAACUGAUUUGGAAGGAUUCCUGUCUGAAUGUAAGAUCAACGCCAAGCUUUUGAGGAAAAAUGCCAAUAAAAAAUACAUUUUUAUUAGAA